CGCGGCGGGGAGGGGCCCGGCCCGGCCCGGCCCGGCCCGGCCCGGCCGGGGCGGCGGCGCCGGAGCCCUGGGGCGGCGCGGGGGCUCCGGCUCGGCCGCUCCGCGCCCUGCGCUGCGCUGCGGUGGGCCCGGGUCGGGCAGUGCGGCCGAGCCCGCCUGGGUCGGGCCGGGCGCCGGGGGACCCCUGGUCAGCGGCGAGCUGGGGUUCGCCUCGGGCUCAUCGGGGGUUUUCCUUCGCUCCGUUUCCUCGGGAGGGCUCGGGCAGGCCGGGAAGGAGGGCGGGAACGUGCCCGCGGUCCGGGCAGGCGGAGGAAGAUCCGUCUCCGAGCAGGCACGUGCUGCUGCGGCGUUGCCCGAAAUGCUCCCGGGCUGGAAACCCUCCGAGCUGGCCCUGACCCACCCGGCUGGCAUCUGCUCGAGGGCAGGAAGGCUCUGCAGAGGGACCUGGACAGGCUGGAUCGACGGGCCGAGGCCAACUGGACGAGGUUUAACAAGGGCAAGUGCCGGGUCCUGCCCUUGGGUCACACCAGCCCCAGGCAAGGCUCCAGGCUUGGGGCAGAGCGGCUGGAACGUGCCCGGCGGAGAAGGCCCCUGAGGUCAUGCCGUGAAAGGGCGCACUAAGAAAACCUGAUGCCCUGAGCACGUUACUUCUGGAGAAACGCUUGGCCUCUGCAGCUCUGUGUGGGACACUGAAAGGCAGUUGUGACUAAAAUAAUGCCCCGCUUAGGGACGCAGUCUGUUGGAGCCUUUGAGGGCAAGCAGUGUUUCCUGGGGCAGACAGCAGUGGAUCUCGUGGGAUGGCUGCACCGAACGGAGAUGGACGAAGUUCUGGCAUUCCUCAAACCCUGACAGCGCGAAUGUGGUGGAAUAAGUGCCGGCGCAGGUCCUGAUCCUCGUCUUCUGUCGACCCUCAGCACGUCCAGCGUCCCGUUUUCGGAAGAAAGUGUGUUGGAUUUCAAACCCUUGGGCAGGACAGGAGGAGGUGGCCUUCUCGGGUCAGUGAUGAGUGUUGGCAUGUAUUAUCUGAUCUAAAGGUGAUGUCUGUCACCACUUUAGCUCUAGAAUUACUCUGAGACCUGGGAAACUCCAGUUUCCUUAGACUGUGACCGUGGCGCUUUUUCAACCUGGAGUCAAAUGCCUGUCACGUUCUAAGGCAGCGUAAGGAGAAGGGGGCGCAAUCUGAGCUUCCUUCCGUUUACGCGCUAGGGAGGUGACAUGAGCUAGGAGUAAAAACAUAAAGCCAGCUGGGGCCCAAGACCAGCACUGUUGUGUUCAUAUGACAUUGUGUCCCUGGAGCGUACUGGCUCACGUCAGUGCUACCUCAGAAAUCUUUGUAUUCGCUACUCAGACCUCGAUUUUUCCUCACUGUGCAGUUUGCGUCUAAUCGUAGAAUGCCCUGAGCUGGAAGAGACCCACAAGGACCGUCAAGUCCAGCUCCCGUCCCGGCACAGGACAAGCCCAAAUUCACACCGUGCCUCUGAGGGCGUUGUCCAAGUGCUGCUUGAAUAUCGCCAGGCUGGUGCCGUGACGGCCUCCCUGGGGACCCUGUUCCAGGGCUCCACCACCCUCUGGGGGAAGAACCAGUUCUUCUCCUUAACUAUACACUUUAUUGCCCAGUUCUCUGCGGCUUCUGAGGUGGGAUGUUUGCUUUGAUCAGUCUCUCAGCUCUCCUCAAGGAAAUAGUGGUAAAACAAGUGCUUCUCUAUCUCUCAGUUCCCAACUCUGGCCAUCAAAUUCUGUUUUGCCAAGCUCACGUAGUUCGUUCUUGUGGCUCAGCAGAGAAUUCCAAAACGACCAUUUUCUUCAGGAUAUCACUGCAUUGAUGUUAAGGAGUUUUGUUCCUGAUUUCGGUGACACUGCGGCAGCCGGGCAGAUGGCAGGCCCGGGUUGCGGGUCGAGCAACAAGCCUUGGGCCAGCUCUUCGGGGCUCCCAGGCUUCGGAGCUCCUCCCUUACUGUCCCGGUAGUGGGGCCGGAGGGGCGGAGGGAACAAUUUGGCCUAGCACCUUCCCGGCACCCAGGCUGUUGCCGAGUUUCUGUCGAACGGGUGUCGAGAGCCUGUGUGACUGGCCUGUCGGAAACCCCGUUCCUCCGCCCUUGCUGUCAUGGACAUGGCGUCCUGGGGUAUAGCGCCUUCUCCAUCAAGGACGUCCCAGGCGGCCACGUUCUCUGUUGACUCGGAAAGCCCGUCUGGAGCAUUCCAGGGACAGGCACCGCUCCCACGGGAGCCCCCUUCCAGAGCUGGAUGAGGGAAGCCCGUCCCUACCCAGAGGAUCACGGCCAAAAGCCGCCCUGACCCGAACCCGUGCGUGGAGGUGGAGCUGGUGAUGGUCCCCUCCACCUCGGCUCCCUGCUCUGCCACGCAAGGGCCUGCCAAGUGGCGCAACAAGGCCACAGGAAUUGCAAGGGCGGUCCUCAGCCUGGCUUGGCAUCUGGCAGGUGCCCUUGUCUCCCUGUGGAGACACCUGCUGAGCACACGCGUCUUUGCCAGGCAAAAGAUGGGCCCGCAGAGCAAGAGGUUCUUGAAAGUCGUCUUCCUGUGGCUCCCAGUGGCUCUGGCUGGUGCUUACUGCGCGACCUCGCUGCCGGUGUGGACAACGCAGGCAAAGGGACUGAUAGAGGAGCUGACACGCGUGUCGUCGGCAAACCUGAAGAUGCUGUGGAACUUGCCCGUUUUGGUGGCGGAGGAAACCCAAAAGACACGCUUUCUGCUGGAGGAGGUGGCUCAGCUGAGGGCACAGAUCCGCAGUUUGAAGGAAGCUCAGGAAGUGAACCAGGCAGCGUCCAAGAAGGCUUUGGGUGCCUACGUCGAGAUGUCUGACUGGGCCCUGGAAAGCUCUGGUGCCACCAUUGACACGCAGAGAACUUCCGAGACCUACGACUGCCAAGAGAAUUGGAGCUGCUGGGCUUUACGGUUCUUCCGCGCUGCCAAGCCUCCUGAGACUAUUUUGCAGGCGGAUGUUUCCCCAGGAAACUGCUGGCCUUUCCAAGGGCAUCAGGGCCAGGUGGUCAUCAGGUUGCCAGCACGAGUCCAUCUGACUGCCAUCACUGUGCAGCACAUCUCCAAAGACGUGUCUCCAUCUGGGACCGUCCUCAGCGCCCCCAGAGACGUCGCUGUCUUUGGAGUGGAUGCGGACGGAGAAGAGGAAACUCUCCUUGGGACGUUCACGUACGACGUGGCAAAAGAGUCUAUUCAGACCUUCCCUCUGAAGAACGCGCCGCUUCCCAGAGCCUUUCCGUCUGUCAAACUUCUUGUGGAGAGCAACUGGGGAAACCCAGCGUACACCUGCAUUUAUCGAGUGCAGGUUCAUGGGAAGAUGGCGCAACCAGGGAGCCCCAGGUGAAACCAGAGAGAAAAAAAAGUCCAACAUGAGAAAGAAGAAGAAGGGGAGGAAGAACAAAUAAAUCUAGAAGAUGUGGCAAUUGA